ACCGGCUCUGAACAGACGGAGAUACCCGCGGACACCGACAGUCUCCCAGGCCAGCGAGGAGGGAGUUCCCCCGCUGACAGACGGCCCCCAGCUGUGGACCCAUUUCCCGUGAUCGUAACUCAAUGAAGGAGAGACGCUCCGGCCAGAAGUCCUCUCUGAAGUCCAGCAUGGAUGCGAGUCAGAGUGUGAAGUGCAAGAUAGUGGUGGUGGGGGACAGCCAGUGCGGGAAGACCGCGCUGCUUCACGUGUUCGCCAAGGACUGCUUCCCGGAGAGUUACGUUCCCACAGUGUUUGAAAACUACACGGCCAGUUUUGAGAUCGACACCCAGAGGAUCGAGCUCAGCUUGUGGGACACUUCAGGGUCUCCGUACUACGACAACGUCCGGCCCCUCUCCUACCCCGACUCGGACGCCGUCCUCAUCUGCUUUGACAUCAGCCGGCCAGAAACGCUCGACAGCGUCUUGAAAAAGUGGAAAGGAGAAAUCCAGGAGUUUUGUCCCAACACAAAGAUGCUGCUCGUCGGCUGCAAGUCGGACCUGCGGACUGACCUGAGCACACUGGUGGAGCUCUCCACCCACCGACAGACACCGGUUUCUUACGACCAGGGUUCCAGCAUGGCGAAGCAGAUCUCGGCGCCGUACAUCGAGUGUUCGGCCCAGCAGUCGGAAAACAGCGUCAGGGACAUUUUCCAUGUGGCCACGCUGGCCUGCAUCAACAAAAGCAACAAGAACGUGAAGCGCAGCAAGACGGCGCGCGCCAACAAGCGCAUUUCGCACAUGCCCGGCAGGCCCGACCUGGCGGCCGUCGCCUCGGAUCUGCGGAAGGACAAAGCCAAAAGCUGCUCAGUCAUGUGACUCAGUUUACAGGCGAGGAUGGUUGUCGGUGCAAGCAGGAAGCAAGGGGGCGGAGCCUGCAUGCCAUUCGUCCCUUAUUUGUCUGAAGUUGGGGGUUUAAAAAGCUUUGACUCUUGUACCUGGAAGUUGUGCACCAGGGAAACUUGCCUCACUGCAAUCGACGCGUCCCGCUCCUCACACCCGGAAGGAAGCUGUCAGUCAGCGGGAGGCGGAUGCCGCCGAGGCUUUCCUCCAACAGGAAAUGAGGAGCAGUGAUGUCAUCGCCGGAAGCUUCCACGUCUGGAUUCAGAGACGGGGGGAGAUUUCUCUUUGGCUGCUCAUAGGCUUUCUGAUCCGAGAGAGUUUUCAACAACUUAUCACUGUGGUUUGGAACUGAACCUCCCACCGCCGGGGGCGCACGCCUCCCUGCGCCUCCUUCUGCUCCCACGUCUGCCGGAUGACGAGUUCCCCGUCGUGUCUGUAAAAUGUGAAAGUGUUCGUCUUACUUUAGCUUCAUCCUGAUGGAUCCAACCCUGACGUUCUGUGUCGGCUUUCUACCCGAGGACAGUUUUGACUCCAAAGAGGGCCCCCCCCCCCCCCCCCUACCCCUACCAUGAACAUGGACGGCCUUAAUGUGCCCCAAUGAUCUUUUUCUACACAUGAGUUUAAAUCUGUCCACCGAUGCUGCUGAUGUUGGCACUAACAGCAAAGGGCUCACUGGUGUUGGAAUUUUAACAUUGUUGUGCCUAUGGCUUCCCUGGAAGUGGAUUGGUCCAGAUGUAGACGGUUGGGUGGUGGUGGUGGUGGUGGUGGUGGUGGUGCAGACGCCCGUCCUCUGUACACCUCCAGGGCUGCUUCCAGUCCAACCUUUCUGAGGAGACGUUUCCGCUUGCACGUUUGUCAACUCGACGUCUUUAUGGGUCAUUGAGUAAAAAUGGAAAAAAAAAAAAAUAUUUGGGAGAAUCUGGGACGCCCUGCACUGUGGUGGAUUACUGCCGUGCCGCCGGCUUGGCUGUUCCUCGAAGGGCAGAAUCGGCUCUUUGACGCUAAAUUUUCUGGAUUUGUGCUUAAACUCUUGGCGUUUGCACCAACAGUUUAGCUCACCAGCUGCAGAUCUCCAAGCAACGUUUGUAUUUCAGUCGGUGAAGUUUAAUUCAAUGCACAUGGAUUUGAAACGGAUGAAAUGGACCGUUUUCUGUGAUUGUCUUUUCUUUUUUGUUUUUGUUGUUUCCCCCUUGAAUACUAAAAAAUGAACUGUUCUCUCAAUGUAAAUCCUUUUUUUUCCAUUUUUCUUUUAAGGCUUUUUCUAGACUCUUUUCUUUGAGUUUUGGUGCAAUUAAGCUGUUCAAAUAUCACUCAUUGAUGCACUUUUCAAAAUAAGAUUCAAACGUUGGCUUGGUCAGCUGCCUCACUCUGCAGCGCCACCAUUCCCCUCUUCAAAAUGUGUGGUCCCCCCCCCCCCUGUCUGUGCAUUUGUCUUUGCCAAUGGUGUUGCCAAAAUAUUUAUUGAAUUAUAUAUUUUCCCUUUAGAAUAAAUGCAGAGGAAAUGAAGAGUUAGUGUUGUGAUUUUUCUGUUUUUCGGAACGGAUUUUUCUCUGGAUUCUUUGCUGUUGUGGUAUAAUCCUUCAACAAAAGUGGGAGAAAACAUGUGACUAAAGGUAGAAGUACAUGCAUCAUUUGAGGACCUGAAAGAGUUGUAAAAAGAAAUAUGUUUUGUCUAAUUGGAUUUCUUCUGAUUCUACUAGGAUCUUCUGAGUUUUGGCUAAAAACUGAAAAAAUUUACCUGACUAUUAAAUUAUUAGGAAAACA